GCUUGAAGGAUCGGGUAACGCGGUCGACUGGUACAAGGCGUGCGCGAGGGAGCGACGCACACGACGUUUGGAGGCGAAGUCCUUGGGUGUUUACAUUACGGAAGAGAUAAGCGGUGCGCGAGGGGUGGAUGUUGGGUGGACAGCGAGCACAUGGGAUGGCCGUGAACAGGCGGACGUGCGAGUGGUAACAUGCGCAAGAGCAUGCGAGAAGAUGGUCCUGGGACGGGCAACAAACGGGCGCAAGGAAGGGCGCAAAUACGCGCAUUGGCGUAGACGUGCACGGGCAAGACCACGCCUCGAAAGGAAGCACUAUCAGAGGUUUUGGGAUGCUUAUAGGAAGAGUGAAACCUGGUGGGAAUGGCUAAGGAACCAGGUGGCUCGACGGAACGGAAGGCACGCAAGUUGGGUGCCUAACGGGUUGAUGCGGAAGUGGCUAGACAGCUCAAGAACGCCGCCAGUCGGGCCUACCAUGCGCGCAAGAGGCAAGCCCGAGAGACGGCAGAGGUACACGCACUGGAGCAUAGUGCGCGCGGGGCAAGCGAGGAAAGGCCGAACGAGGGUGCGCGAGUCAUAUACGCAGACGCACGGUGUGCACGGGCGCUGGGCGAGACAAACACGGCGCGAGGCAGCGGCACGCGCAAGAAAGGCUGGACGAUGGGCGCGGGCGCGAACAAAGCGCGCGGGGAGGAACGCGCGGGGCUGGAUGCCGCAUACCUUGAGGCAUGCGGUAGGGCGGCGGAUCACGCGCGUGCAGCAGGAGCGGGAGGCCGGCCUGAAGGAGAGGAUCGGCGGUGCGAGGAGUAUGAGCGCGAGGACGACCUCGAUUGACAGUCCCAGACGUCCACAUACCGCGAUCGGCGUGCACCCGACAAACCGCGCAUCACGUUGUCCACAUUCACGGGCAGUGAUCCAGACGCAUGGCUCAAUAGGGCGACGCAAUAUUUUGAGCUCAAUGAAAUCGACGGUACAGACCGCGUUAGGUAUGCCGCUUAUUAUCUCGAUG